CGCACCCCUGACCACACCGGGCACCCCAGACCCACCCCCUCUCUCUCCCCCUGUGUGCGGUUUUGUUAAAUAAAGGGGGACUCAGCACUAAGUCUGGCUCUUCCCUGGCUGCUGGGACCUUACUCUACUCUGCAUUUUCACUAGUGAGGAGACAUGAAGUGGGGCUGGCUGCUUUUGGGGGUCCUGCUCUCCUUCGGGGGGCUGGCCUGGGGGGAGAAGGGACUCGAUUUUCCCGAAUACGAUGGAAAGGACCGGGUGCACGACCUCCACGCCAAGAAUUAUAAGACAGUGAUGAAGCAGUACGACGUUAUGAUCAUCUACUAUCACGAGCACGUGGGAGACAGCAAGGCCGCCCAAAGGCAGUUCGAGAUGGAGGAGCUCGCCCUGGAGUUUGCCGCUCAAGUCCUGGAAGACUUUGAUGAAGAAGACAUUGGCAUUGGUCUUGUUGACGAAAAGAAGGACCACAUUGUGGCCAAGAAACUGGGUCUGGACGAGGUGGACAAUGUCUACAUCUUCACCGAGGAUGAGGUCAUCGAGUACGACGGCGAGCUGGCGGCGGACACACUAGUGGAGUACAUCUACGACGUUCUGGAAGACCCAGUGGAGUUCAUAGAGAAUGAACGCGAGCUCAGAGCUUUUGAAGACAUCGAAGAGGACAUCAAACUGAUUGGCUACUUCAAGAAUGAGAAAUCUGAACAUUUUGUAGAGUAUGAGGACGCAGCCGAGGAAUUCCAUCCAGCCAUCAAGUUCUUUGCCACCUUUGAUGCAAAGGUUGCCAAGAAGCUGGACCUGAAGUUGAAUGAGGUGGACUUCUAUGAGCCCUUCUUGGAUGAACCCGUUACCAUUCCCGGGAAACCCUACACUGAGGCAGAGCUCGUCGACUUCAUCGAGGAUCACGACAGACCAACUUUGAGGAAACUGGAGCCCCACAACAUGUAUGAAACCUGGGAGGACGAUAUUGACGGAGAACACAUCAUCGCUUUUGCUGAGGAGUCCGACCCAGAUGGUUUUGAGUUCCUGGACAUCCUGAAGGAGGUGGCUGAGGACAACACAGACAAUCCAGACCUCAGCGUUCUCUGGAUUGACCCAGAUGACUUCCCCCUGCUUGUCCCAUACUGGGAGAAGACCUUUGGCAUUGACCUGUCCUCCCCGCAGAUUGGAGUUGUACAUGUUAAAGAUGCGGAUAGUGUUUGGCUGGAUAUGGAUGAUGAGGAUGACAUGCCAACUGCUGAAGAGCUGGAGGACUGGCUAGAGGAUGUGCUCAGCAACAAAAUUGAUCCUGAUCAUGAUGACGACGAUGAUGAUGACGAUGACGAUGAUGACGACGAUGAUGACGAUGACGAUGAUGACGAUGACGAUGAUGACGACGACGAUGAUGAUGACGACGAUGACGAUGAUGACGACGACGAUGAUGAUGACGAUGAUGAUGAUGACGAUGAUGAUGAUGACGAUGAUGAUGACGAUGAUGACGAUGAUGAUGACGACGACGAUGAUGACGAUGAUGACGAUGACGAUUAAAUUUUUCCUGCCACCUUUCACAUUGCUUAGCACUGGUCAAAACUGCCCAGAACCAUCACAGUCUUCAAGCUCUUUGUCGUCACUGUCUUCAAAGCUUCCUGUUUUCCUGCUGCAAGUGUUUGCCUCGUUCAAGCUGCCUGCUUCUGCUAUCAGCCUAAAUCAAACAUCUCCCAACUCAUCCACCCACCCUGGCAGCUUUCCCCAGCCUGCCCCUCCUACACCACUGCCCUCCUGCUCUUCUACCACCCUCCCUCCUGCCCAACUGCCCCUGCCACCCACCCACCUGCCCAUCUGCCCUUGCCACCAACCCCCCUGCCCAACUGCCCAUCUGCACCAGGCACCCACCCUCUUGCCCAGCUGCCCCAAUCACUCACCCUCCUGCCCUACUGCCCCAAUCACUCACCCCCUGUGCCCUACUGCCCCCGCCACUCACCCCCCUGCCUUACUGCCCGCGUCACCCACCCCCCUAACUUCCCAUCUGCCCCAGCCCCCAUCCCCCUGUCCUGGCACCUCAACAGCUUCAGCCUGUCUGUAAGAAAUCCUGCUUC